CGGGCGGCGGCAGGUUAGCUGUGUCUCUGUGAGUAGCAGCAGCAGCAGCAGUAGCAGCAGCAGCACCGCGGCGCCGCCAUGGACAAGGCCACCGCCGUCACCGACAAUCAUCACCACCACCACCACCACCAUCAGCAGCGCCCCGAGCGGCCCAGGCUGUCUUUCAGCAUUGACGCCAUCCUGGGCACCGCCGCGCCGCGCCCUGCACCCUCGGAGUCCCCCGGGGAGGGCGAGGCGCGGCCUGCCUCCUGCAGCAGUGUGGCCAGCGACGCCUCUCUCCUGAGCCAGGACUCCGAGCGCUCACUCAGCCCCGCCGCGCCGCCCGCACGCCCGCCGCCCCUCGUGCCCCCCGCCCAUUGGCUGCCCGCGCACCCCUACCUGCAGUUCCCCAUCGGCCACGGCCCCCACGGCCUGCCAAAGCUGCCCUCCUCCGUGGUGCUGAGGAAGCACAAGCCCAACCGCAAGCCCCGCACGCCCUUCACCACGCAGCAGCUGCUGUCGCUGGAGAAGAAGUUCCGGGAGAAGCAGUACCUCAGCAUCGCCGAGCGGGCCGAGUUCUCCGCCUCGCUCAGCCUCACCGAGACGCAGGUCAAGAUCUGGUUCCAGAACAGACGCGCCAAGGACAAGCGGCUCAAGGAGGCGGAGAUGGAGCGCCUCACCAGGCCACUCUUCUCGCCCUACGCGGCGGCGGCGGCGGCGGCGGCGGCGGCAGCGGGUGCUGCGGGCGGCGGCGGGGACAUGCUGUCCCUGGACGCGCGGCUGCCCGCCCUGCCCCUGCAGCGCCCCCUCGUGCCGCUGUUCGGGUAGUGCCCCACGGUGCCGCCGCCCGUCGUCACCGCCUCGCCGCCCACCGUCCUCCAGUCUCCGUGGAGCCUCUAGUCACCCUCAGGACGGCACCGCCCGCACCGACCACCGCCCACCGCCCCCAGCCCGCGCCCGCCAACGAGGCCCCGCCCCGCCCCGCCCCGCGGAGACACCAGCCUGUGAUAACAAGAUGCAGCUCACCACAGCUGUAUUCUCCUCUCCAGACUCAGAUGCAUUAUAUUAUUUUUGUAAUAACAUAAUAAAGCCCAGUGUGAUGA